UGAAGUGAGAGUACUGACAGAGAGAACCCCACUUGUCUGGUAUGGUGACCACCAACCUAACUCGUGCUGCCAGAAAUGGGAAUUGAACCCGGCAGCCUUAGAGAGAAGCCUACCAACCACUUUGCUAGCCAGACUGCCAUUUUUUCAUGUAUAAAAUAAUGGUGUUCUGCAAAUAUCAUGUCCAAAGCUCAUUCAAGAUGACAUAAUGGAUGACAUGUAAACACAUUUGCAGUGUUUUCAUGAUUUAUUUAUAAUCAACUAAAAAACUAUUGAAAGAGAGCCCUCAGUCAGAACAAUGUUGUGUUCGCUCACAUAUGAGGUGUUGUUUCGGGUCCGGGUGGAAACUUAUCCAGAUGAAGUGGUGUGCGUUACUGGAGACCUUCCGGAACUGGGGAACUGGCAGACACACGGGGGAAUGAAGUUGAAGCGGGAAACAAGGCGUAAGAACUCUUCGGGGGAUAAAACUUCUGCCGCAAAUGUCAAAGGGGAUGUCUGGUCACUGAAGCUCAAGUUCACUGAUUACCGGGACACCAUCAAGUACCGCUACUUUGUGGCGCGUUUUCCUGUGGAGGAUGAAGACCAGACCGUUGUCAUCACACGAUGGGAGACCAAUAUCAAGCCUAGAAUUUUCUUUAUUGCGGAGGCCAUGUCUGGUGUAGAUUAUCAGGAAGAGAUCUCACUAUUUGGUGAUUAUGGUGGUAAGAAGCAUGUCACCCAGGGAUGGCUGACGGACCAAUCGCAGAUAAACAUUCACCUCCAUGGCAACCCUUUGACGAUAUGGAAUGCCAAGUAUCUAGACAGAAUGAUCAGUGUCAAGUGUACACCAAUAGAUCUCAGAUUCAGAGCGGUACAGAAUGCUGAUGACAGGGACAAUCUACUGAUUGCCUCAUACGCUGUUGUCAAUGUUGUUAAACUUGAGAAGGGCAAGUCAAAGGCGCGGUUUCAGGACGAGUUCGGUGUUAUGUUAACACCUCACACCAACAUCAGCUUCGAGAUACAAACUCUGGACCCAGAGCACACGGCCUUUCAGUUGGAGUUCUUCUUGCAUGAAACACAAUCAAAAGGUCCUUCAGCACCAAAGUACUUCGCAUACAGCUUUAUCCUGCCAUUAGAUCUGCACACAAGCACAGAAACAAGGAUUGUACCCAUCAGCGGUCUCAAACAUCUUCCCAUUGGACAGAUAACAUGUGACUACCUGCUGAUCAAGCCCCUUAAAGGUUUCAAUGCCAGCCUAGAGGUGUCCUACCAGAAGCACUGGAAUUGGUCCCGACAACCCCUCGACAUCGGACAUAGAGGCAUGGGUGUGAGCUACAGCAACAAGUGCAAAAUGCCUGCAAGUACAAGAGAAAAUACAGUAAAGUCAUUAGUGGAUGCUGCUAAUCAUGGAGCUGAUUAUGUGGAGUUUGACGUUCAUCUGACCAAAGACAAGCAAGUGAUAGUCUACCAUGAUUUCAAGGUCCAUAUUGCAUACAGAAAGAAACUGCAUGGAGAGCUGGGUCUACUGGAGGUUCCAGUGAAGGACUUGAAACUGUCCGAACUGCAGCAAAUGAAGUUGCUUCCACAUGCCACCGUUAAAGACCUGGAAGAGAUCAGCCGUGAUGACCUUGACCCCGAGGACCUGCAGCCCUUCCCCACACUGGCACAAUGUCUUCAGGCAGUGGACAUAAACACAGGCUUCAACAUCGAGAUCAAAUACCCACAGUGGCUCAAGGACAACAAUGUGCAUGAGCAGGAGCACUACUUUGACAUGAAUGAGUUCACUGAUGCCAUCCUUUUGGAGGUCUUCAAGUAUCACGGCGGUCGGCGUAUCGUGUUCACCAGCUUUGACUGCAACACUUGCAUCAUGUUACGGCUCAAACAGAACGUGUUUCCAGUGAUGUUUCUCACGCAGGGCGACACCAUAGUGUAUGACUGGUACAGAGACCACCGCACCCACUCUGUUGUCAUGGCUGCAGAGUUUGCCAUAGCUCAUGAUCUACUGGGUGUGAAUGCGAUGUCUGAGCUGCUGCUGAAGGAUCCGGGCCUGAUAACGUACGUGAAGGACAGCGGGCUGGUGCUGUGGACCUGGGGGGAGGACAACAACGACUCCAACACCAUCAAGAGGCUCAAACAGCUCGGACUUAACGCGGUCAUCUAUGAUCGAAUUGACCUUUUGAAGACAACUGGGAAGGAGAGUGUUUUCAAACUAGAGAAAAUAAGGAAGAAAAUGAAGAAGAUGAAUUUUAAUAACAAUGUGAGCGUCCUGAAAGAUAAACCAAGCGAGCUGGAAGAAAAUCCUAUCGAGCUGAAAGAUAAACCAAGCGAGCUGAACAAUAAACCCAUCAUACUUGAACUGGCAUCCACCAGCAAGGAUGUGAACAUGCCUGCAACCGCUUCAUCUGGUCAAUAGAUAUGCUGUAUAGUGCAUCUACUAUCAUAAGCUCAAAUAAACUUGUUUCGUUAUCGUAUUUAGUUUAGAAAUUGAAUUUCUCAUGUUUAUUUUUUAAAUGUUAAUAGUUUGAAUGAGGGCCUUUCAGCAUGGCAGGCUGGGAUGUUCGAUUUGGGAAAUAUGUACACCAUGUUUGAUUAUGUUGAACAAAUGCUAUUGUAACAAAAUUCUCACUUAUAUUUUCAUACAAAAAACAAGAACUUGUCAACUUAAAACUACUCAUAAACCAAAUGAGCCCUGAACCUUAGCUCAGUUGAGUAAAAUUUAGUUCUUAUUUCAGUUGCAAUAUGUUUGUCAAAUCUUAUGUAAAAAUAAAAAUAAUUUUAAAUUAAAUGUUGUCUAUCAGCCAAUAAACAACACUGUGCUGUUCUGUUUUCAGGCUGUUCAUUUCAUAAUAUUACAAGCUUGUAGUUUAAUCUCUAUGCAAAAGCACUUUCUUACUGAGUUUAAGUACAGACAAUUUUUCUGUUGUAUUUUUGCUAGUAAUGUUUUUGGAUUGAUGAUGAAAAACCUUUUAACCAAAGCUGAAUUAGAGAGAAUAUUACAUUUUUCUGUUUAAAUUUGUGACAGACAUAUUAUUACCAAUCUAAGGAGCUUUCAAAAUUGACAUAUUUUUGAAAUUAACAUUUUUAACCAGGUUUUCCGAAGGAAAAAACUGGUUUUUAGAUUGGCGAAUGCGGGCGGGCUGGCUGGCGGGCUGGCUGGCUGGCGGGCUGGCGGAAUAAGCUUGUCCGGGCCAUAACUAUGUCGUUCAUUGUCAGAUUUUAAAAUCAUUUGGCACAUUUGUUCACCAUCAUUGGACGGUGUGUCGCGCGAAAUAAUUACGUCGAUAUCUCCAAGGUCAAGGUCACACUUUGAGUUCAAAGGUCAAAAAUGGCCAUAAAUGAGCUUGUCCGAGCCAUAACUAUGUCGUUCAUCGUCAGAUUUUAAAAUCAUUUGGCACAUUUGUUCACCAUCAUUGGACGGUGUGUCGCGCGAAAUAAUUACGUCGAUAUCUCCAAGGUCAAGGUCACACUUUGAGUUCAAAGGUCAAAAAUGGCCAUAAAUGAGCUUGUCCUGGCCAUAACUAUGUCAUUCAUUGUCAGAUUUUAAAAUCAUUUGGCAUAUUUGUUCACCAUCAUGGGACGGUGUGUCCCACGAAAGAAUCACGUCAAUAUCUCCAAUGUCAAGGUCGCCACGACUAAAAAUAGAUUUAAAAAAAAAAAAAAACUUACAAAGGGGGUUAAUUUUUUUUGGUCAUUUCAAAAGUUCAGUUUGAGUUUUCUCCCUUUAUCAGAUUUUUUUUUCACAAUGAAAACCUGGUUUUGUGACAAUUUUGUCCCUUGUUAUUUUUUGUGUGCCCCUGUUAUUAUAUAAGUUGAUAUGCAUAACUUAUUUAAAUUUUUACUAUUUUAAAUUGGAUUCUAUGAUCAAAACUGUAAACUCAUGUUUUAAUACCAGUAGGUUUGUUCGUCUGAAACGAUUUCUGUGAGAUAUUUUUAUUAGCAAUUUAUAUAUGAACUUGCAAAAUAAAAUAAAUAAAAAUAUGCAAAUUCUUCAUUUCUUGAAAGGCAAAUACGUAUUUUUCCAACAUGAUGGCAUUAUUGAUUGCUCAUUUGAAGUUUCUUUAAAGGUAUUUUAUUAAGCGAAGUUAAAAAGACUUAAAAAGAUGAUUUUUAAGUAAUGUGUGCAAGAAUUUAUGUAUAUUUUCAGGUCCUACUUAUCAUCAAUAAGAUAUAUUAUUUUAUAUAUUUUUAUCAUUAUUAUGAUUUUCAUUAGUAGUAUAAAGUUUUAUCAUUAUUGUUGUUAUUAUUAUUGUUUAUCAUAUUUUUAUUUUUUUAAUGAACCAUCAAGCUAUAUGAACCUUAUUUGUAAACUUAUUUUGAGUUAUAGUGGGUCACCUAGUUUCAACUUUAUACAAAUACUCAUAUUUAUUUGCCAUCCAUCCCAUUAGAGGAUUUUAAAUCUGCCAUUAUUAUUUGAAGUUAUUUGUUUUACUACCAGUAAGAUUGCUUGCUUAAAAGUGUGAUGUAAUAUUUGUUGUCAUUCUUAAAUUCAUUAUACAAAUAAAAUUUGAUUAACAUUAAAUCAAUAAGUUUUGAGAUUGGACAGAAUUAUCAGCUUUAUGAUAAAGGCUGUUAUGGUGUGAAUGGUGCAUAUUUAUACUACAUGAUUUACUGAUGCUCUUUUUUAAAACACUUUAAUGAAAAGCAUAGUAGUUGUUUAUUUAUUUUAUCUCAAUAAAAACAAUAUUUUGAGAUUCAUGUUUGAAAGUAACAUUUUUAGUUAACUCAUAUAAAAUCAGUUUUCAGAUUAAAAUAUAAACUUUUGAUAAUAAAAGCCUGGGAAUUUGAGUAGUUUUUUUCCAUUUCUCAUGCUAAGGGAGUAUUCAAAUGUUAUGCCUUUGGUUUUUAUAAGCACAAACACAUAUUUAAGCACAAAAAUAUAUAUAAGUAGAUGCCUUUGAACUCUUUUUAGUGAAUGUAUAUUUCCCUUAAAUUAUGCACAGUCUCUCAGGUUUAGUUCACUAUUUUUUGGUUUUCAUUGUGUGUCUAUCUUAUCUGUAUGCCAGACAUGUGCCACUAGAUUUUGUAUUCUGUUUCAGGUAAAUUAAUAUCUUCAUUAGUGAUUUACCUAAUUUGUUUAAUUGCCUACCAAGUGUAUGAACAAUAUUGGAAUGUACCGUCACAUAUCUGCAUGUAAAAACAUUCAUUCAAUUUAAAGUUUUUGAACUAUGUCAGAAGCACAUUUCUUUUAAUAUUGAUAUUUCUUUGUUUAUUAUGUGCUCAAAUAUCCUUACACUAUAUCCUUACUAUAUGCUAAUAACAAAUCAAGGAAAUGUACAUUUUUGCUUAAUGUUUGAUAACUAUUUGUGUUGCCUGUGUUUAUUCUGUCAUUUUAUUUUUAAGCUUUACUUUUAAGUAUGUUAAUUGUUGAAGAAAAUGUUGAAUAAAAUAUUAACUGUUA